AUGUCGGAGAUGACCCGAUGCCGGGAUAGAGGGGGACACGUCUCAGAUCCAACUCUUCCCUUCUCCAUUGGAGCUUUGAUUGAGUUCGCACUAUUAUCUCGAGUGCAAGCAAAGGCAAAUACAAUGGUCCUCGCACAACCUCCAAACCAGCAUGUCAUGAAGGCCUUCAACCUCUCAGAAAAAGGUCGCAGCUGUGACUGUUACGGAGGCGCACGUGGAAUUGGCCUUGAAGUCUCGAAAGCAUUGGCCGAAGCCGGUGCAAAUGUCGCCUUGAUCUAUCACACAUCCAAUACCGUUGAUACAAUUUCAGCCGAGAUUGCAUCUACUAACAAUGUACGCGCAGCAGCGUACAAAGCCAAUGUGGCCAUCCAGUCUGAGAUCGAGGCGGUUGUGCAGCAGAUUAAGAAGGAUUUCGGGAAACUUGAUAUCAUGGUCGUUAACUCUGGGAUUGCCUCGAACACUGCCGCCAAGACUGCACCUCCGAUCAAUGGAGUCGCCGGCCGGAUAUUCAAGGCACAGGGUCGUGGAAAUGUUAUCUUCAUGGCCUCCUUCAGUGCGACUCUGGUCAAUCUCACACAGAAGCAAGCGGCGUACAAUGCGUCUAAGGCAGGAGUUGUUCAACUAGCCAAGUGCUUGUCUAUCGAGUGGGUUGACUACUGCCGAGUCAACUGCAUCUCGCCUGGAUACAUCGCUACCGAAAUUCUGAAUACUUUCCCCAAGGAAUGGCGCGACAAGUGGUUCGACUUGAUUCUUGCCAAGAGAAUGGCCGAAUCCUAUGAGUUCAAAGGGCCUACGUGUUCUUCGCCUCGGAUGCAUCUAGUUACAUGA